CGCUAUACGUGGUUCCGGUGAAAACAAACUUCGGAAUGUGAAGCAUGAAUGACAUAAAAAAGGAGAAAUACUUGCCUGAUCCGUGAGGAAUAAGGACCAGAGAUGUUUUCAAAGUUCACUACAAUUUUCCAUCAAGCUGUGGAAGUGCUUGCCCCUACCCAACCUGUUCAAGGAGAUUUUCUUUACCACUGGAAGGCCAUAACAAACUAUUACCUGGAAAGAAAAGAUGAGCGAGUAUCUAUAGAACAGACUAACAUCCAAUCACACCUUGACCAGAUGCUGGAGACCCUGGUUCAGGAGGAGAAGAGCAGUGAGUCUGGGAGCACUGGGCCUUGUAUGGAGUACAUGCUGCAACACAAACUGCUGGAGACAAUGUACACGUUGGGGAGAUCAGAUAGCCCUCCUGGAAUGAAGCAGGCAGUACUGGUUUUCUUCACCAAACUGUUAUCUUGGAUUCGGCAGCCUCUCUUGCCUCAUAUCAAUGUUUACAGGCCAGUCCAUCGCUUGAUUCAUGUUUGUGGUGAAGUGUUGGCUGCUCCAACAGAAAAUGAGGAAAUCCAGUUUCUUCUUACAGUAUGUGCCAAACUAAAAGCAGAUCCUUAUUUGGUCAAUUUUUUCAUUGAGAGUCCAAAGAACAUGAAAUCACCCAAGACAUCACAGUCAAAAGAUCAGGAAAAACAAGGAGAGCCCAAAGUGAAAAAUCCAGAAUUCAGUCUCAUUAAGUCUUUACUGGCUUUGAUCAACAGUGCAGAUGGUCGUGUAUGUGUCAAAUCCUGUGAAGGGUUAUUACUAUGUGCCAGUUUACCUGAGGACUACGCAGCCUGCUGCCUGAUAGAACACACAGACUUCUGCAGAAUCUUGUCUAGCAAACUUUGUACACUGUAUACAAAUAUACCAAGGGCUCUAGAUCCUGCAGAUAUAGAGCUGGCGGAGGCAAAGUGGGGACUUGACAGAGUAACAGAGAGUGAUGACACUCAAUCAUUCCCAGGAAAAAGACAGUUGAUAUCUUUUCUGUCCUGGCUAGACUACUGUGAUCAGUUGAUAUAUGUAGCUCACCCUAAAACAGCAAUCGCCAUGUCCAAUGCUAUCAUCAGUGCUUUCUUUGAAGGAGUUCUUUUGACUUCUAUCCUGCAAACGUGUGAGUCCACUGCCAUUACUGCCACUGCCAUGCUGACCAGGUGUCUCAGACUGGUCACUUCAAAGCCACUGUCCAGAGGUUUAGUUGAGUUUAUCCUGGGCAGUGACAGGGAGCCAGAGUACCCACAGCAGGAGGGACAUAAACUCCGACAUAAACUUAUUAUGAGGUGCAAUCAUUUGUCUCAAGAGAUGAGUCUCGCUAAUCUGAAGCUGUUUGAGACAUUACUUGUAAAGCCAAAUGAACAUACCUUCCACAACCUGGUGCUUAGAAACCUCAUUGGUAGGGAUUAUUGCAGUGAAGAAGAUGGGGAGGAGGCCCAGAUAGCUGGAGAAGAAAUUAUACAAUCAAAAAGCCGAAGGACAAUCUGUAGUGAAAGACACGAUUAUAAUGUAAAUGGAGAGUCCAGUUCAGUGGCAACCUCAGAUUCUGUCAGUUCCUGGAGUCCCAGUUGUAGUGUGACUAGUAGUCCUAGCAACAGUCCCAAGAAACCAGCAGUACAUAAGAUUGUAAACAGUUUUUUAUGCCUUCUCCCAGAAGAUGUGAAGUCCUCAUACCAGAUGACUGACAGUGGAUAUGACACUUACCUCAGAGAUGCACAUGUGCAAUUUGCUGAUGUGUGUUCAGCAUGUCAAGCCUGGGGUUGGCCCUCGUCUCCUACAGCUGAGCCAGAGUACAAGAGAGAGCAAUUCUUUGAAGGAGCUUUCCUGAAAAUGCUCUUUGAUAAAUUAAGCAGAAUUCUAAGCCAAUCAUAUGAAACCAACCUCCAGGUGACUUCAAUCAUUUCAAAGCUGGCCUUACUUCCCCAUGGCAACCUCCAUGAGUACUUGUUGUUCCCAGACCUACCUCUCAGUCCAGGGGCCAGGUCACUCUUUACCAUAUUUAGGAAGGUUGUUAAUGACCUAGAAAUACAGAUCAAAGUUAUCCCAGAUUUGAGUGCUAAAUUGAUGACAAUCAGACAACAGCUGGUAGGAGUUCUAGAAGAGCAAAGGAAAGCUAAACACAACUUACAGGUGUGCAUUGAGAACGGCACUAUGCUGCAAGGGGUCAUCAUUAUGGAGGAAUUCUGCAAGGAGUUGGCAGCCAUUGCUUUUGUUAAACAUCAUGACAUAAUGGGAAAAUAAAAACCAGUGAAACUAACAGUUUGAAAUGAAAACAAACCAUUCAAGUUGACAAUGAACUUACCUUCGACAUGGCAUUAGUAGUAUAUCUGGCUUUUUUUCUCCAGUCAUGUGUCACAUUUAGACGAAAUGAAUACAAACAGCAGUUUCAUUUUAGGAUACAACUCACUGGCAUAUAUCAGAUUCUGGUUAUGUUCACUGUGAUAGUGUCCUUUCACUCAAAUAUUAUGAUCAUUCACGGCAAAAUUGUAAAUAACUUUUAAGAAGAAAAGAUUCUCGGCAUAAUAUGUUUAUGUUACAUGUAGAUCUUUAUGUAGCUUUGCAUAUUAUUUGGCUGCAUUUAAUAACUUACAAUCAUAAACAUGAAUUUCUCAAAGAAGAAUGAUGUAGGUAAAGUAGAACCUAUAAGCCAUAAGGGAAUUAUGUUAUCUGAUUGUUUCUGAGUUUUUUUUUUGUGUGUGUGUGACAACCUGGUCUACUCCACAGGAUAUUUGCCCUGUUGAAAGGAAUAUUAAAGGCCCCCUUGCUCAGUUUCUAAAU